AUGAUUGACGACCACCACCAAAAAACGGCGCUGGGUGUCGUGGUCGCCUUUCCUAUUCUCGGUGGUAUUGCGGUUCUGCUUCGGUUAUGGAGUCGAUGGCUCUCGCGAUCUGCGCUGUCCAGUGAUGACUACUUAAUUACCGCGGGAUAUAUCCUCGCCCUCUCACAAUCCGUGACCUCAUGGUACUAUAUCAAAACCAACUAUGUCGGCAUCCACGUCACCAAUAUCCCCCCAGACUACGACCCCAAACCAGGGCUAGUCUGGAAUUUCGCAAACCAACUCCUCUAUAACCCAACCCUGACCCUGGUGAAGGUGUCCAUCCUGAUAUUUCUGCGGCGUCUGGAGUCCCGCUCUCUCGUCGUUAACGGCCUGAUCUGGAGUUCAAUGACCAUUGUGGUUCUGCUCUUCGUCGCUGUCUUGCUGGUGGAUAUCUUCCAGUGUCACCCGGUAGCCUACGUUUAUGAUAUGAGCAUCCCCGGCGGGAAAUGCAUCGAUCAAGGCGCGUUCUAUGUUUCGACUGCGGCCCUGAAUCUCUUCACGGAUCUGAUGGUGCUGUCGAUUCCCAUCAUUAUUACCUGGGGUCUGCAGAUGCCGAUCCGGCGCAAGAUUGCUGUCUGCAUUAUUCUGUGUCUGGGUGGAGUAGCAACAGCCGUCGGCGUCUGGCGCAUCGUCAUCCUCGCCCAAGCCUUCCUCUCCAAAACCCCAACCCCAGACCCAACCUACUCCAUCGGGUUCUGCAGCUCCGCCGUCGAAGUCAAUGUCGCCGUCGUCACCGCCUGCGCCCCCUCCAUGAAAGCCAUCGCCGGCAAAUACCUACCACGCCUCCUCGGCACGUCGCGCCACGGGGACUCAUCCGGCUACGGAACCGGCACGAGCAGGUCGCGCAAUCGGUUCCGGAGGUCGCGCAUCUUCUCGAACCACAAGUCAUCGCAGGUGCGCUCGGAAGACGACGACGGGUUCGAGAUGGCCGAUCCGGCAGGCAGCCGUCACCGUGUGGAUGUGGGCGUGGGGAAUACUGAGCAGUUUGAUAUGCGCAAAUAUAAGCGUGGUGGUGAUAGUCCCAGUAUCUCGAGUGGGAGUGCUAGUGAUGAUGGCGUUGCUGGCAUUGUUAAGACGACGGAUGUCUCGGUCAGAUAUGCUACCGAGCAGAUGACGCCGCCGCAGACGGAGGAUGGGCGGUCGCGCGAUGGGAAGCCGGCUAGUGUGGAUAGUCUUGUAUAG